UGCGCCCGCCGCCCGCCGGACCCGGCGCUGUGCGCGGCGAUCCGCGCUGCCCCGGAGGAGGCGGCGGCCCCCGGCGCGGAGGACGCGGCGCGGCGACUGCACGCUCCCGGGCCUGCGGGCCGGAACCUCGGAGGGACCCUGGCUGAGCUCCCCCGAGCUGGCCGAGCGGGCCGAGCUCCCCCAGUGCGCAGAGAGGGGCCGACAUGGCGGUGCUGCCAGUUGGGUCGGAGCCCGGCCGCCUUGGGGACGCAGCCACUUGGUGAGGGUCACAGGGCUCCGGACCAGACAGCACCCGAGCCGGCCGCUGGCACCGCCGUGGGACAGGUAGAGUGAGCCUGAGGCCAGUGGAUGAACAGACAGAAGCUGAAAGUGCCCAAUAAAGGAUGCGUGAGGGGGCCGCGCGGAACUGGAGCACGGGCGGCUGGCUGCUUGCACUCUGCCUGGUCUGGCUGUGGACCCUCCUGGCCUCGGCUUCCUUGCAGCCUCCAACUCCCACAGUCCCCGUGAAGCAGGGCACCUGCGAGGUGACGGCCUCUCACCGCUGCUGCAACCGGAACCGCAUCGAGGAGCGCUCCCAGACCGUCAAGUGCUCCUGCUCCUCCGGCCAGGUGGCUGGCACCACGCGGGCAAAGCCCUCCUGCGUGGACGCCUCCAUCGUCCUGCAGAGGUGGUGGUGCCAGAUGGAGCCCUGCCUGCCCGGGGAGGAGUGCAAGGUGCUGCCGGACCUGUCGGGGUGGAGCUGUAGCCGGGGACACAAGGUCAAAACCACCAAGGUGACACGGUAGUUCUUGGGGUCAUGGCCUCGGCAGAACAGCUUGACUGAGCCGUGGACGGAAGCGUGGUAUCCAGUUAUCAGCCGGCAAGUCUGGAGGUUCGCUUACCUGGACACAGGCCCCAGGUCAAAGGCAGCAUCCCCUUUCCCAGGGGUGUUUCAGUUGAGCUGCUCAGCGGAUAUGGACAGACCUCCAGCCACAGACCUAGUGUUGUGCUGGGCUCUCCUGGGGGAUACAGCAGAAGGUCACGAUACAAUACCUGCCCUCAAGGAGCGUCCAGUCAAGUCGGAGAAUUGACAAAAGACGCUUUAGAUCAUAAGCAUGUGGUACCAGACUGUGGCUUCUGGGCCAUAGGCUGUGGGCAUGUUGGGGGUGUGGGGCUGAGACUCCCACAGCUCUGCAGCCACUCCCCGGUCACCGGGCACAAAGACAAGAGGUCACAUUGACCACCCUUCUCUCCCUCACAUGGGUCCAAAUCCCCAGUGAACUGCUAACGUGUUGAAGGAAGACAUGUGUCCCUCUGCAGACUGGCUGCACAGCCUUUGCCUGGGACUGGCUUGACUUGCAGAAGGGACGCAGAGAUGAAGCCAAACUUUCCAGCGGAGCUUCUGCAGACGUGGGGCCCGGUUUGGGCUGUUCGUUGUUGGGCUAGGGAUGGACCGGACCUUCAAAUCACCGCCACCCAAACACCUCGAGUUUUUGCUUGUUUGAGCAGGUGAGGAAACAGUCCCAGAGAGGUGAAGUGACUUGCCCAAGGUCUCACAGCUUGGGCCUCCAACUCUGACUACUGACCUUUUCACUUGGCCUGGAUGUGGGAUUGCCAUCGGCCUUCCAUGUUGCUUUUUUUUUUUUUUUUCAGAGAGUAAGGGAGAGAGAGAAACAUCAAUGAUGGGAGAGAAUCAUUGAUCAGCUGCCUCCUGCACAUCUACUGG